CCCCGCCCCGCUCAUUGAUCCGGGGCUCCGUGCAUCCUGACCGUUUCCUCCGCGCCGCCAUGCCGCUGUUCCUGGAGGACCCGCGGGUUCUGACCAAGGAGCAGCUGAGGAGCCAGCUGCUGGCCCACAGCGUGGAGCUUCCGGGUGGGAACCCCACUAAGGACGUGUUCGUGCAGCUUUACCUGAACAAGCUGACGGCCCAGAACCAGGAGCGGCUUCCGGCCGCUGCGCCGGACGCCUUUUCCAGCGACGAGGAGGCGCCGCCCGUGGCCCCCAGCAGGAGCCGCUCCUCCGGAAAGAAAACCCCCAGGAAAUCAGAGAAGCUCCGCCUGGAGGAGGUCGACGUGACGUCGCUCACUGAUGAGGGCCUGAGGGACGAGUUGCAGAAGUAUGGAGUGAGUGUGGGACCAAUCGUAGCAUCGACUCGUAAACUAUAUGAGAAGAAGCUGCAGAAGUUCCUGGACGACGGUCCUGCUCAGCCGGUCUCCAACCAAAUACCAGCUACCCUCAAUGGGAACGCUGAAGCCGACGUCUACAGCGACAAGGAGGAUGAACCAGUAGCAGUUCCAGAACCUGAGCCGGAACCAGAAGCAGAACCAGUACCAGUGGUGGAGAGACGGGCGAGGAGUGGAGGAAAGACCCCAGUCAGCAGCCGCUCCGGCAGCAGCAGGCAGCAGAAGGUGGAGAAAAUCAGCGCCAGUGAGCAGAAAGUGGAGGAAGACGUUCUAACGGAGCUUUUUACUGGCGACAUGAACAGUCCGACAGGAAUAAGCGCCACCUGUAGGAAGCCCAUCAGAGGAGCCGCCGGACGCCCCCUGAUCUCCAGCGAAGUGUGGAAUGAGGACUUUUCCAAAACCGCCAAGACAAGCAGCUUCUCUUACACGGGGAGCCACGCCGUCAACAGGGUGUCCAGUGGGAGCGCCUCCUCCAGCGCCUCCUCCAGCACCUCCUCCAGCACCUCCUACGCCACGCUGGCUGUUACCGCUCCAACCAGAGCGCCGCGCCGCAGCACUGCUCUUUGGAAGAAGCUGGCCCUGGUCGGUGUCCUGGGUGCAUUCCUGGUUUUUGUUUACCUGGCCAUGGAGACCAACUCUGUGGGCCCGUUCCAGGCCUGAGCUACAGGGGGGGCAGCGUAGAUAGGGGGGUGAAUACUUCUGGUUGAAGUGUGAAUCUGUAGCCAGUUUUUCUUACCUCAUGAUUCCCUGGUUUGUAUUUUUAAAGUGUCUUUCUCCUUUAAGCGGUGUCCUGUAAAGCGGUGAAGAGUCCUGAUGGAUUCCUUAGAGCGAAGCACUGCAGCUUCUUGGUGCUAACUGUGUUGACAAUGUGUGAGUUGGGGUUAAAGGCGGAGCUUAGUCUUACUGCCUGGAUGUCAGCAAAGAUGGCGCCAUGACGCUGAUGCUUCUAAAACUGAAACUCUUGAUAUAUUUUCUUAAUGUUUCUUAUUAAACUGAAUUUCUAUUUUACACAAAUGUAGUUGCUGCAUUGCUCACUAAAUAAAGCGUUACUGCAGCACA